AUGGAUCAAUUUUUGAACAGACCUAAACGUGAUAAUCCGGAAUUUGAUAGUUCUAAUACUGUAAGAAAAUCAAAACACCGUAAAUAUGAUGAGAGUUACAUGGAUUAUGGUUUUACGUAUACGGUAGUGGAGAAUGAAGAACGUCCACAGUGUGUUAUUUGUUUCAAAGUGAUGGCUGUUGAAAGCAUGCUCCCUAAUAAAAUGAAACGUCAUUUGGAAACGGUAUAUGAAACUUUGAAAAACAAACCACGUACAUAUUUUGAGUCAAAAUUAAAAGCAAUGCGUGAACAAAAGACAACCUUUGCCAAGCAUGCUAAGAUCCCUUCUAAGRCUCUGCUUGCAUCUUACAAAGUUGCUUAUCAGGUCGCUAAAUGUAAAAAACCACACACUAUCGCAGAAMAGCUCAUUUUACCGGCAGCAAUGGAUAUGGUAUUAAUUAUGCUUGGGGAGGCUGCUGCCAAGCAAUUAAUGAACAUACCAUUAUCAGAUWCUACUAUUAGUCGCARAAUACUUGAUUUGGCUGAAGAUAUUAACGAUCAGUUGAUAGAUAAAUUAAAAGGCAAGGACUUUUCUCUACAACUGGACGAAGCCACUGAUAAUAAUAAUGAUGGCCACCUUAUCUGUUACGUGAGGUUUAUAGAUGGUGGCGUUUUUCACGAAGAUCUUUUUUGCCGAACUAUUAAAAGUCAAGCUAGAGCAGUAGAUUUGUUCCAAAUGCUCGAUUUUUUCAUAAUGGAAAAUAAUUUAAUGUGGGAAAUGUGCUGUGGUAUUUGUACUGAUGGAGCUCGUUCGAUGUCAGGAUGUUACAACGGACUUCAAGCCCUCAUUAAAAGAAAAGCACCAUUUGCUGUAUGGACUCAUUGUAUAAUUCACAGAGAAGCUCUCGCUUCAAAAUCUAUCAGCCCAUCUCUUGAUGAGGUAUUGCAAUCAACUAUUAAAAUCGUUAACUUCAUCMAAACUCGUCCGUYGAMAUCCAKAUGUUUCGAACAAAUGUGUGUUGAUAUGGGAGCUGAGCACACUUCCUUACUAUACUAUUGCAAUUCUCGAUGGCUUUCCGUGGAAAUGUAG